AUGAACGCUGCUUUUAGGCGGCUGGAGGUGCUUCACUGGCACUUGGAUGACGAGCCGCGCGGCUGGCAGCAGCACGAUGACGCCUGGCCGCUGGGCCGGCAGCCGUGCCGUGCGGCGCCUUCGCCGCCGCCACCCGGCGCCCCGGUGGUGGUGGUGGGCGGUAUGGUGAUGGACCUUCAGGCCCGCCCCAGCGGCCCGACCGACGUGCAGCGCGGUGGCUCGGUGCCCGGCAGGGUCACGCAGUCGGCAGGCGGCGUGGCCCGCAACAUGGCGGAGGCGCUGGCCCUGCUGCUGAAGUCGGCAGGCAGCGGGGCAGGCAGCGGCGGCGGCAGCGGGGCGGGCACGCCGGCGGCGGCGCCGCCGCCGCUGCCGCUGCUGGUGUCUGCCGUGGGCGACGAUCUGGCAGGCACCGCGCUGCUGCAGCACUGGCGGUCGCUGGGGCUCAGCACCGGCCUCAUCUCCCGCCUGCCCGGCGCCGCCACCCCCACCGUUUCCGUGGUGUUUGACCUGGGUGGCGAGGUGGCGGCGUGCGUGGCUGACGUGGCGAGCCUGGAGGCGCGGCUGGCGCCGCCGCUGCUGCGUGCGCCGGCCGUGGCGGCGGCGCUGGCGGCGGCCCCGGUCGUCAUGCUGGACGGCAACCUCAGCGCCGCGGCACUGGAGGAGGUGUGCGGGCAGGCGGCGGCCGCCGGCGUGCCGGUCUGGUUUGAGCCCGUGUCUGUGCCCAAGUCCACACGGGCUGCCAGCCUGCUCAGCCUGCUCACCUUUGUCUCCCCCAACGAGAGAGAGCUGGCGGCCAUGGCGGCCGCGGUGCGGCGGCAGCAGCAGGCGCAGCGCGGCACGCAGGCGCCCAGCAGCCGCGGCAGCCCGCAGCAGGAGGCGGGUGGCGCAGGCCCGACUGCGGCAGCAGCAGCGUCGCCCCGGGCCUCAUUACUGCGGCUGCUACCCGACAUCGCAACCCUGCUGCUGGCAGGGGUGCGGCACGUUGUGGUGACGAUGGGGCCUCAGGGCGCCGCGCUGUGCACGCUGGGCCCUGACCGCCAGGCUGUCGCAGUGUGCCACGUGCCCGCCCUGCCGGCGGCUGUGGUGAACUGCAGCGGCGCAGGCGACUGCCUGGUGGCAGGCUGCCUGUUUGCUCUGGCGCGUGGCCUGCCGGCGGAGGCUGCCCUGGCCCACGGAGCUGCGGCUGCCAAGGCAGCAGUGGAGAGCCAGGCCAACGUGCCCCCUGGGCUGAGCGCGGCGGCGACGCCAACCCCCCACACCAUGCGCGCCUCUGCGUGGCUGCUGCUGGCCGUGGUGCUGGUAGCUGCCCAAGCGACCGCCGGGCGGGAGCUUCUGGACGAUGAGGUGACUGCCGCCAUCCGCAACAUGAACCCCAAGACCCGCAACGCGCCCAAGGGCAACAGGGCGCACGGCACGCAGGGGCAGAGCCCGCUGCACGCGGCUGCGUGGGUCGGCGUCAACAACAUCGGGCGGUGCAACCGCCUCAAGCCCAACAUCAUGCAGAGCGUGUCGCACUUCAGGCUCUGGAUCGACCUGGGCCUCUACCUGCUGAAGAACCCCACCAAGUUCAGCGGCGACUACCCCUUCUGGGCCUUCGUGAAGAGCCAGUUUGAGGUCUGGGAGUGA